AUGGUCUUCUCUUUCGCCCUCCCCACAACUUCCCACUUAUCCUUCCAGUCCUAUCUCUCCUCCCCCUCCCACCCCUCCCUCCCUCAGUCUGCCUCCACAGCUCGACACGCGCUCCGUCUAGCUCUCAAGGAACACAAGCGCCUAUCCCCUGCUAAGCAAUCAUGCCACUUAAAGCUUGUCCUCACUGCCCUAAAUGAGUACAUCCCGCUCCUGUUCACCCUCUCGCGCAGCCUCAGCCCUGAUCCUGGCCCGCACGACUCAGAGCAGAUCGGUAUCCAUCUCCGCUCUGAAAUUGAGGUCGAAUGGCGCACCACGCUCUCGUCAAGUUCUUUGCUGCUCCGUCUGCGACGGGGUGAGGUCGGUCUGGGCCGCUCUUCCCGCGUCCGUGGCUGCGGAUUGGACUUUGAAAUAGCCUUCGUGCUCUCGACGCUGGGCUAUACGCUGGCCAACCUUGGGCGGGCUAGAUAUUUGCAAACUCUCUACGCGAACAAAACACCCACGCCAGAAAUGAAGACGGCGGCCGUGCAAGCGGCGACCAAAUAUCUUCUUCAGGCUAGCAGUGUCCAUGCGUUUCUAGCUUCGUCGUCAUCCCUCUCGGGCCUGUGUUCGGCGGCUGCCGUUACUUGUACCCCGCAUACCCCUAGAUUUCACAAACAUGCAGCUACAGCUACAACUACCGCUACACCGGAUUCGCCGCCGGUUGAACCAGACCCUUCUCCAAUUCCCAUUCCAGACUUGGACCCGUCAACGCAAUCGGCCCUCGCAACCCUAGCCCUCGCGGAAGCGACGCUUCUUGCCGUGGUCAAGGAUGACGCGUACCUCUCGGCCUGCAUCCAGGCCCGGAACGCUCUCGACACGGACUGGAUGGUCAAAUCGCCUGAUAUCCCGAAGGUGCGUACGUUGCUUUUUGCGCGGCUAUGUGUGCGUGCGGCGGAGUAUGCGGAGCAGGCUCUCUCCAGCGCAGGUGCUGUCGGCGGUCAGCGAAACGACGCCAAGGUCGACGAAGAUUUGCUCAAUUAUAUGCAUAGUCUUUCAAGGGUUUGUCGUGCCAAGGCUUGUAGGUUCUUUGGUAUUGAUGCGGAGAUGGGGGGGAAGACGGGGGAGGGGAUUGCAUGGCUGCGGGCCGGGAGGGGGGUUUUGGGGUUUCGUGGCACAUUGGAAGGGGAUGCGAAAGAGAAGGGGAGAGGGGGAUUUGGUACCGGAUUCUCGAAAUUGAAAAGGGAAUGGUCGGAGCGGAGGGAGGAGAGGAGAAUCGAGAAAGAAGCAGCGGCGUCGUCGAGGGGGCAGGGGCUGGAGCGCGAGGCGGAGAUGGAUUGGGGGGAUGAUGCGGGGAGGGAGGAGGAGGGGAAAGUGCUGGAUAUGCUUGAGGCGAAGUGGGUGAAGAUGAAUGAUACUGUAAAUACCCAACUCAUACCCUCGUCAUCCUCGUACAUAGCGAAUCUGCCCUCAGGUAGAGACAUUCACUCCACGCCUGCAGCAUAUACCCCGCCGCAGCUUGACGCGGAACAGAUAGUGCGCAUGCGUGCGCCGCCAGACACUUAUGAGUCCCUAGACGUGGCGGAAAGUAGCGAUGAGGACGCCGUUGAGGGAGAAGCAGCUGGGAGGGGAUAUUUCUAG